GCAUUGUAGUCAGUACUGAAUUUGAGAUUAUUUUAACAUAUCAUUAAGACAUUAACUACAUGGAAAUAAUAAAGGAAUUAAUUGUUUAACGACAUUCAAAACACAUUCCAUCUACUGACAGCGUUGGCCUUGACCUCCCAUAUGAACCUUUGACAGGGAACAGAAAAAGGAAUGUUUCCAUGUACAUCGCCAUUUUGCAGGUUAUCAUACCGUAUUAGGCUGGCCACACACAUUUUACAACGUAAAAAAUAUUGAAUUACUAUCUCAAAAUUCAAGUUUCAAAUUCUCUUAAUGUAACCAGUAAUUGUUAGCAGUUUUGAGGGAGUGCAAGAAUUAGUAUUUUUUUUUAAAUGAAGCCGACGAUGCUGGGUUUGAAAUCAAUGCGUACGGAAAUAAAAUAUGCCAAACACCAAAUCUAAAUAAACUCUCCAGGGAUAGUUUAAUCUUCAAUUAUGCUUUCACUUCAGUCAGCAGUUGUUCACCAAGCCGAGCAGCUUUACUAACUGGUAAACCAUCGCAUCAAAAUGGAAUGUUUGGAUUACACCAAGCAGAAAAUCAUUUUGAUUCGUUUGACAAAAUAAUGAGUCUACCAAAGAUUUUAAAACAGCAUGGAAUAAAAACAGGUAUAAUUGGGAAGAAACACGUGGGCCCCGAGAAAGUAUUUCCAUUCGAUUUUGCCGAAACAGAAGAAAAUAAUUCCAUACUUCAAGUAGGAAGAAAUAUUACGCUUAUGAAAUUAUUGACGAGAAAGUUUUUGAAUGAAACUGGAGCUAAUCCGUUCUUUCUUUAUAUUGGAUUCCACGACCCUCAUCGCUGCGGACACACACAUCCGCAAUUUGGCGAAUUUUGCGAGCAUUUCGGAAAUGGUGACUCUGGAAUGGGCUUAAUACCUGACUGGCACCCAAUCUAUUACCAACCAGAACAAGUACAACUCCCAUAUUAUCUUCCAAAUACUUGGGAUACUAGGGUUGAUGUUGCUGCCCAAUAUACAACUAUGUCGCGACUAGACCAAGGUGUUGGAUUGAUACUGAAAGAAUUAGAAGAUUCAGGUCAUUUGAAUGACACUUUGGUCAUCUUCACUUCCGACAAUGGUAUACCAUUCCCAAAUGGCAGAACAAAUCUUUACGAUUCUGGAAUAAUGGAACCCUUGUUCAUCUCAUCUCCAUUGCACAAAGAAAGAAAAGGACAAGUUACUAGUUCUUUGGGCAGUCAUUUGGACCUCAUGCCUACGAUCCUGGAUUGGUUCGGAAUUGAGAAGAGGUUGAUGGUCGAAAAUAAUGAAGUUAAUGGACAUGACUUAACAGGACGAAGCCUAUUGGAUCUCCUUCCAAAGGACAAAUCAAAUGAAGUGAUCUAUGCCAGUCACAAUCUGCAUGAAAUCACAAUGUAUUAUCCAAUGAGAAUGGUUAGGACUCACCAGUACAAACUGAUACACAACAUUAACUAUUAUAGUCCAUUCCCAAUUGAUCAGGAUUUUUACUUAUCUCCAACAUUUCAGGAUAUGUUGAACAGAACUAAAAACCAUGAAUAUCUGUAUUGGUUCAAAACUUUGGAGCAGUAUUACCGGCGUCCAGAGUGGGAGUUAUACAACUUAAAACAUGAUCCUGAGGAACUGAAUAAUAUUGUCAAGAAAAACACUUCUCAGGAGGUCUUCAUGUCAUUGAAGAAUAAAUUGAAUGCUUGGCAAAAAGCAACACAUGACCCUUGGUUAUGUGCACCUCAUGCUGUUUUGGAAAAUAAAGGAUCAUAUAAGAACAAUAUGCAAUGUUUGGAUUUAGACAACGCAAUAUAACAAUCUAAAGAUUAGCUUUCAUUCUGAAAAUCUAGUUACAUACUGCUCUCUGCUUCUUCUUUUAGCUGUAAGAUAAAAUUAUAGUUUAUAAUGAAUGUAUGUCAUUAGUACAAAUAAAGAAAUGC